AAGUGUGAAUCAAUGCUCUGGACAUCAUCUUUCAUCCCAAUACUACUGUUACCAGUGGUGAUUGGGACUCUUCCUCUACGUCAAGCCCAAUCAAUGCCUUUUGAAUGAAAAACAAAAAAAGACCACUUUAAUACCACGUGACUGCGUGUUUUGGUGGCGGCGCGUCUUGCGGCUCCAUUUCCACGCGCCACUCACCGCAGAGCAGCGGCAGAAGCGGCCGUGCAGAACGUGAAAAUUGUGGAGAGCAGCACCAGCCAUAUCUUUUCCGCUGCAGUCAGUCUGACUUCAACCUCACCUCAUCCCUACCCAGCAAGGACAGGUGCACUGUCCAGUGACCCCUCAGGCAGUGCAGACCUGAGCUUUGUCAGAUCUGCUUCCAUUCACACUUUUCAAUGGUCUUUUUUAUUCCAUAUUAUGUACAGAGUAUUUGAUACCCAAAUGUUCUGCAGAUAAUUGCGUCCUCCCAUCUCCCUAACUGCUGAAUCUACUGCCCAAAGCGGAACUCUAUUCACCAUGAUAGACCGCAUUCUUGAUACUCCCAUUCGCAAGGGCGCCCUUGCUGGCGAGUCAAUACCUCCAGAAUCGGAUUCUUCCGAAGAUGAGACUAUUGCGACCGUCCCGCUCUAUCCACACCUCCAAGCGCCAGCAACACAAUCGUCCACAAUACCCGCACAAGCCCCAUUGUACACUCAAAGAAUGACUCAACCCACACAAUUAAUCGAACGUGCAACCUCUCCACAAAGUUCUCCUCUUCGCAAUCCUCCCGUCGUCCAAGUUGCUACCUCCUCCCCCCUGGCUCCGUCUACCUCUACUCUCUACCCUAAACCCGGAACGCUAUCUACCUCCAUCGCACCCAGUGGUACUCGUUUUCGCCCUCCAGCCAUGGCGGCUCCGGUGAAGAGAACACCCGUGAUUGAUUUGGAGGACGAUGGGCCUACCUACCGCGGUGGCUCCUCAGAUGAUGACGAACACCUCGGAGCGACUGAUAUCAAGCCCUCUACUUUCAUUAAAGCCUCUAAAACCCUUGAGAAAGAACGUGUGGCUGAAUCGCCCGUGGCUGCAAGCAGCUCGGCAAAGUUCAAAGAGAUCACCGCUGCGGCAUUCUACAACCCAAGCGCCACGAACAAACCCCCCGUCAAGCGACAGGCAGAUACUAGUGCCCCUCAAGGUCCUUCAGCGAAACGACCGCGAAGCCACCCCAGCUCGCCUGUUCCUAACGCCCUCAAGCUUGCGGACAUAGAAGAUUUCAAUAUUCGAAUCAAGGUCGAACGGAUUCGCAACGUUUUUCCAAACAAGUCCAUCCAAACAUGCUUAGAUGCGUUGCUUGAGAAAAAAGGAAAUUAUGAAGACGCAGUGGAUUAUAUGGGGAAAUUGGAAGAUUCUGCUCCUAACAUUAUUACCUCUGAAGAUGAGCUUAGUCUCGACCACAAACGUGCCCCAGCAGCUGUCCCCGCCAAACAGCAGAUCAAAGCAAGAACUCGUAUCCAAGAUAAGUGGGCGGCUGGUCAGCGAAUGGGUCAAAAGCCAAACAAUGCUGAACCUGCCCAGUCACGCCGUCGAUUGAUUAGAGGAACUAGGUCUCGUCAAAUUUCUCCUAUUUCUUCUCCUAUUCGACCGACUAAUGCUGGGGUUACUAAGAAACCCGGGCGGCUCAUUAGAGGUAGAAGGAACCGUUCUCCCUCUCAAUCAGAGUCUUCUGCGUUAUCUCUUGUGGAGUCCGAUUCAUCAGAUUCCGCUCCCGAGGAAUCGGAGGACGACGGCUCGCUUCAAGACAAGGUCUUAAAAUUCUUCAACACCUGCUCUGCAGAUGACCUUGCCGAUAUUGCCGAACUUACUCCUGAUCUUACUACCCAUUUUAUGUCCAAACGUCCGUUCACCUCUCUGGAUCAAGUGCGCAAAAUUUCCGUUGAAGAAGCUCAGCCCAAAGUAACGAAAAGCCGGAAACCGAAGAAGCCGCUGGGCGACAAAGUCGUUGACAAGUGUAUCGACAUGUGGACUGGCUAUGAAGCCGUUGAUGCACUUGUCAAGCAAUGCGAAGCUUUGGGCAAACCCAUUGCUGAUGAGAUGAAAAAAUGGGGCGUCGAUAUCUUCGGUGCUAAGACAGCGGGAGAGUUGGAGUUGGUUUCCUUGGACAAACCGCGUUCUUCUCACGAUUCCGGCGUUGGCACUCCUUCCAGUCAAAGCAGUGAAUCUGGCGGGAAGAAGUUCAUUGGACAGCCUUCCAUCAUGAGCGAGAACAUUAAAAUGAAGGAUUAUCAGAUCGUGGGGAUCAAUUGGCUAAGCCUGCUUUUCGAACAGAAACUAAGCUGCAUUCUUGCUGAUGACAUGGGCUUGGGGAAAACUUGUCAGGUCAUCGCUUUCCUCGCUCAUCUUUUCGAAAAGGGUGUCAACGGUCCUCAUCUUGUUGUUGUCCCAUCGUCUACUCUGGAGAAUUGGCUUCGCGAAUUUUCAGUCUUUUGUCCAAAGCUGAAUGUCAUGCCAUACUACGCCGGUCUAAAGGAACGAGCAUUUAUCCGCGAUGAAAUCGAAACAAACCGUGAUAAUAUCAAUGUUGUCAUCACUACAUACACCAUUGCCAAAGCCAAGGUUGACGCAGCGUUUCUCGCUUCAAUGGAUUUCUGCGCUUGUGUGUACGAUGAAGGACAUAUGCUGAAGAGCAGCAAAUCCCAGCUUUACAACAAACUUAUUCGCAUUCCUGCGCAGUUUCGCCUCCUUCUCACAGGAACUCCACUGCAAAACAAUCUCCAGGAGCUGGCUUCCCUAUUGGGAUUCAUUCUACCUCGUGUGUUCAAGGAACGGAAAGAUGAUCUUGAAUAUAUUUUCAGCGCAAAAGCCAAAACGAUUGACACCCAUUCCGCUCUACUAUCAGCACAGCGAAUCGCAAGAGCAAAGUCCAUGCUUACUCCUUUUGUCCUUCGCCGCAAGAAACAUCAAGUGAUUGAUUUGCCGCCUAAAAUUACUCGGGUUGAAUAUUGCACAAUGAAUGAUGCGCAGCAAGAGAUUUACCAAAACGAGACGGAAACAGUUCGUCGUAUCAUUGCUGAACGCGCAGCUGGCAAGAAGGUUGGAAACAAAUCAACAAAUAUUCUUAUGAAACUGCGACAGGCUGCGAUUCACCCGUUGUUUUAUCGUCGUCACUACGAUGACAAGACACUAAGUCGGAUCUCAAAGGCUUGCUUAAAGGAUCCAAAGUGGGCGAUGUCGGAUCCGGAUGCGAUCUAUGAAGAGUUAAUACCAUAUAAUGAUUUCGAGUGUCAUACUUUGUGCGCAAACAACUCCGAUUCUUUGGGUAAAUUCGCUCUGAAGAACGACGAGUGGAUGAACUCUGGUAAAGUUGAGAAGCUGUGCGAACUGCUCAAGCAAUAUACGGAGAACGGAGACCGAAUUUUGAUAUUCUCGCAGUUCACGAUGGUCAUGGACAUCCUGGAGCAAGUUUUAGAGACUUUGGAGAUCCGAUUUUUCCGCCUGGACGGCACCACCUCUGUCGAAGACCGGCAGUCAAUCCUCGAUGCGUUCUACGAACAAGUUGAUGUCCCCGUAUUCAUGCUCUCGACAAAGGCAGGCGGUGCCGGAAUCAACCUAGCUUGCGCUAAUAAGGUUAUUAUCUUUGACUCGAGCUUCAAUCCGCAGGAUGAUAUCCAGGCGGAGAAUCGGGCCCACCGUGUGGGCCAGACGAGAGAGGUUGAGGUCGUGAGACUUGUCACGAAAGGUACAAUUGAGGAACAAAUUUAUGCUCUAGGUCAGACGAAGCUGGCGCUUGAUCAACGUGUUGCCGGUGAGGAGGAAGGAGGCAAGAAGGGUGAAGAGGCGGGGAUGAAAGUCGUGGAAGAGAUGGUGAUUGCGAAGCUGGAGGGUGAGAAGAAGGAGAACAGGGAUGGCGAAGGGAAGGGUGAGCUCAAUGCCGAUGAAGCCGAAAAGAUCCAUGCGGCGGAAGCGGCCUAAUGUCUCGGUGUCUUAAAUCGGCUCGGUGUUCGGGUGUGGAUUUGGGCCUAGCAUUGUUCGUCUUAUUUUGGGAGUGUUCCCUUCAAGUGUUAGGUCCUGUUUCUCGUUUCUGAUUUCCUUUUUCUUGCUUCCUUUGGUUUCCGAGUUCUAUCUUUUCAAAAUGUUUUCCCUGCAGUUGCUAAAGACUAAGGGCUCCGGAUGACUACCCAUUGUGCGCUGUUAGACCCAUGCUGGAGUUUCUGGUUCCAACGAGACACUUUUUUUUUAACUUUCACAUCAUGCUAGACUCGCUUGCUCACAUAGAUCUUAGACAAAUCUGCGAUUUACGUUGCAUGGCAUAAGUGCUUUACCCCUUGA